AUGGCGGCACUUCGGCGUCAGCUCAGGAGACCAGGCACACUCGACCAGGAAGAUGUGGACCUCAGCAGGUACUCCGCAAAUGCAGCCUCCAUAGUUCUUGACCUAGAGUGCUGCUCCAAGGAGACGGGCCGCGUCCUUCAACACCUUGAGAUACUCCAGGCAUGGCAGGACCAGCUGCGCGCGCUGCUUGACCAGGCAUUGGGAGCCGUGCGGCAGCGAUGCCAGGAGGGUUCGGCACUUCAAACUGAAUCGGACAUCCAGACACUGGCUUCAAUUGGCCAGUGGGCGAAGCAAGAGAGACAACGACAAUUGGAAGGGCUGUCACUUCUUUGGAAGCUGCUGUACGGCGACUGGAAGCCCGAGAAGGUGAUGCCGUUCAUGGCAGCGCCGCAGGUGCGUGUUGCUAGGCACGCGGUAGAAAUGCUGCAGCAGCUUGUGAAGCAGGUUUUCGAGAUGGUUUCUGACAAUGUGAAGGCGAAGCAUGGCCCAAAGCCACCGUCCACCCCACCUCCAGCGCAUUUGCUGAGAAGGCUGCAGGCUGACCAGGAAGUCAUGGAAGUCCGGAAUGGGGAGCCAAUGCCAAUAUCAAACGAAGGGGGAAGUCCUGCAUCGCCCAUACAGCCUGAGCCUGGGGAGCCUGACUCGUCGGGCAAGAGUGUCCCAGACUUCGACCGACAGCAGCAGGAAUUCGAGCACCAGAAGCAUCAGCUUCAGCAAGAGCUCGCAGCUAUAUUGCAACGGCGUGAAGCAAUGGAGACGCAUGGAACUGAGCAGAGGAUCAGCGGACUGGAGCUCCUGCAAGAACUGGAGCGCGUCAACGCAAGCGAGCCUGGGAGUCAGCAAUGCCAAGAGCUGCAGGAGCAAUUGCAACGUGAACUGCAUAUGUCUCAACAACAGCAGCUGUGCCAGCAAAUGUUGCAGCAGCUCGAGCUGGAGAUGGAGCUGCAAAGGCAAGAGUCAACACGCCACGAGCGCAACGCAAGUGCUACGUGCCAGCCCCAGCUGUCCCAGGAGUCCCAGGAGUCCCAGGCACAAGCCUCCAGUCGAAGUGCCGACUUGCAGCACUGGUUGUCCAGCUUGCAUCAGAUAUCUGAGCAGAUUCAGCAUCUGGAGCUGCUCUCGCACCCCUGCGACCCCAACGUCGAUCUGGAUGAGCGAAACAUGUUGUGGACAUACCUACAAGCUGAACUUGACAGUCCACAGGAAACGAAGCGGGAGCGCGGGGAUGGUAAGAGGGGCCAUUUCGGCAAAGGCCCAGUUGCAUGCAGACGCUUUCGAAGAUCCGCAGCUAGGCGCCUUCCCUUCUUGCAGGCAAAGGCGAACGGCUCAAUGUCUUCCGACAUGGAGGUGGAGGCGAUUCAAAAGUUGCUUUUCAAGUGCUCGGGUCCUGGCCCUUUUCGCAAGGUCGUCAGCUGCAGGAAGCCGCGGCGAUCCUUCGGCCACCACCAGCUCCGCCAGCUGCUCCGCCAGCUGCUCCGCCAGCUGCUCCGCCAGCUGCUCCGCCGGCUGCUCCGCCAGCUCCACCCCCUCCACCUCCGGCACAAUGUAGUGAAGAGUCUGCGGUGCAACCAUCAGCAGGCAGAGGAUGAGGCUUGGCGACUUCUUGCAAACAUCUUGUUCAAGACAGGAGUGGCCUUUCGAAGGCCGGACAAAGCAACGGCAUGCUCACUUGGCUUGCUUGCUGUAGCGGCGCGCACGGACGUUCCGGAGGAGAAGCAAGGGCUGAAGCUAGUCCAGGUCUUGAAGGGCCCGGCCAAGGCGGCAGUCGACGUGCUUCCGGUGGACAAGAUCAAGGACACGGGCGGCUACAAAGAGGUGGUCAAGGCCUUGAAGAGCGCGUUUGAGCCGUAUGUGGAGACCGGGCGAUGGAGGCAGUGUUCUUCGGAGCCCGGCGGUCUUGAACGACGAGGGGGUGACCUUGCCCUCGAAGGCGGCGGGCUCCCUACUUUGCCGUCAGGCGAACCUUGGCCCAGAGCUGGAGUCAACUCCCUGGACGUGGUGACCGGAGGCUGGAGCGGGUGCACCACGAGCACCUUCUUGACGGCAACGGCCGGGGACGAUGAGGAGGCCCAGGUCGAGCCCUACGGCCAGGAGGACCCGGGCGUCUAUUACGAGGAGGCUUCGGAGGAGGACGACGGCGACUACGUGAACCUUCAGGACGGCGAGCUGGACGAUAUCUACGAGGAAGACGAAGUGCUGGAAGCGCUGGCGACAUACCAGCAAGUGCGCCAGCACCUGAAGGACACCCGGCUGGGGAGGAAGUUCUACAAGCCCUUCCCGCCGACUUCCGGGAAAGGCGGCGGCAAGAAGGGCAGCCAGCCCUUUGGGAAGUCCAAGAAAGGCUCUGGGCCAGGAGCGGGCAAAGGAGCGGACCGGGAGCAGAGGAAGAUCCACAUAGAGCAGCUGAAGCUGAGGACGCGGUGCAACGCAUGUGGACAGAUAGGGCAUUGGAGCAAAGUGUGCCGAAAUCGCCCAGCUUCUAGCACGACUCCCAGCCAAACGGCUUCGAGUUCCUCAGGAAGCUUUUAUGUGAGCGCCGAGUCGACAAAGGGCGAGCGCGUGGCCUUUGUUACCUACGAUCAGGGCGGCCAGAAGGAAAAGAAGCAGUUCGACCCAAGCCCGUUCAUAGGAGUUGUCACGCCGGAGCACCAAGCCAUAGUAGACACUGCAGCGCAAGCCGGGUUGAUCGGGAAGCCAGCUUUGCUUCGACUUUGUGAAGUUCUCCGUUGGCUCGGCCUUCGGUGCUUGUGGCUGGAUAAGGUGUCCUCUGCUCGAGGCAUAGGGGGCUCAGCUAAAACGAUCGGGGUGGUCGAGCUUCCGGUGGGUGUCGCGGGCGUGAGUGGAGUGUUGGAAGCCACCGUGGUGGUGGAGGACGUUCCACUACUUCUUCCCGUUUCGCUUCUUCGCUCUCUUGGGGCCGUCGUGGAAUUUCAGCGGGAAGUGCUCUCCUUUACCAAGUGUUCGGCAGAAGAGUGGCAGUUUCCUACAGCAUGUACAGGAGUUCGCUCAGAAGCCGACUUUCGAAUCAAUGCCCGGGCUGUGCCGCUGGCCGUGCGAAACUGGCGGGUACUCUUGGACAAGCUCUAUUGCUUGGUGCGCUGGGGUCACUAUCAUACCCCAGCCUCGACUUGGCUGCGCAGUGUGCCGUCCCCUUCGCCGGCGCUGGCUAGGGGCUAUGCCGAGAAGGAGGAGACCGUAGGGCCCACCAACAAGUCGGCCUUCUACCACGAGUACCUUCACGAGAAGAACCCGGAGAAGCUCUCGGCGGUGCAGGCAGUCUCCGUGGAGGAUUGCACCCACCAGGUGUCACCGAGAUCCGCGGCGAGGGUCAUCAAGAGGCCUUUGCAGGAGACGACCGUCCAGGCCAAACCAAAGACGCGGGCUCCUCCGGCGAGCCGCUCGGAAGGGCCAAUGCCGACGCCGACGGUGACACCCACGAAGAAGGAGUACCUGAAGGUGAUCACGCGUCAGAAGGAGGACGUCGACCAAGUGGAUCUCCUCACUGGCCAGACGCUGGACUUUCAGCUGGCAGAGAAAGCGGCGGAGACGCGACUGGAGUGGGCCCAGUCGGCGGAUCAGUUCCAGGCGGCAGCGCACCAGAUCGUGGCCUCUACCAGAACCUGCUGCAGCAAAGGUGCUCAAGGCGGCCUCGGCCGCAGCAGUGCAGAGAUGGCGGGCUUCACCGGCCGGAGACCGAUCGGCGACCACACCGGCGAGGAUGGCGCGAACUACCUAGAGGCUCUCGGCCACCACCUCGACACUCCUCAGGAGAGCGCCACGGAGCCGGCCAUUGUGAAGGAGCUCAACGCGGCAGCCAGCUCGCAGGAGAGGGCCGAAGAGUGGGCGACUUGGGCCCGGGAGCGGCCAGCCCAGUUGACGAUACGGCUGGCCGGCAACAAACAUCAGAUGGAGCACGCAUGCCGUUUAUUGGCCUGGAAGGAGCUUAAGAAGAGCCUCCUUUCGACCUCCGGCGGCGUUCCUCCUACCGCACCAAGGGCCUGGAAGGCCUACCACGUCGACGCGUACCCGAUCGACUUGGACAACCUGGAGCACGGUGAGAAGGAAGCCAUUGCCAAGCUACAUCGCAACUUGGGGCACCCCGACAGGGCGACCUUGGCACGCACCUUGCGGAACUACGCUCCCAAUGUGGUGGUGGCAUUCGACCUGCCGACCUGGGACGGCCAUGGGACCGAGAAGUACCUCAACAUGACCUGCCUGGGUUCCAAUUUUCAGAUGGUCGAAAAGGUCCGGGCGAAGACCCCGAUUACGGUCUGGCAAGCUUUCUUGAAGAGCUGGGCCCGUGUGUUUGGGAUGCCGCAGAUGAUCCUGGUGGACCAGGGCACGGAGUUCCUAGCAGAGUGCCGGGACCGUUGUCACCAGCUGGGCGUCCUGAUGCACACCAUAGGCGCGAGAGCGCCUCACCAGAACGACCGCUGCGAGCGGCACGGCGGACUUUUUCGGGCGCUUCUUCAGAAAGCUAUGUGGUCCUGCCCGCCGACGGACGGUGACGAGUUCAAGCUGCUGCUGCGGGAAACGGAGUCGGCCAAGAACCGGCUCUCAGACAGAUCUGGCUUUUCCCCGGCCCAGAGAUGCUGGGGAAAAUCCAAAGACUACGGGAGAGUUGCUCUCCGACGGGAUGGUGGACGCUGCGCUGCUGGGACGGAACUUCGGAGGAGCUACGCGGCAUCAAGGCAGUCAACGACGUGUUCCGGGAUAUGCGGGGCCGUUUUGAGCUCUCCGGCCCGGGAGAGCAGGGUCGUGACCGACCUGACCAGGAGCCUCUACCACCUGAUGCCAAAGCGCCGCCCCAUGGUGAAGUGGAGGCGGAACCGAGGGCUGCGCCGGCUUUGGCGAGACCGCCCCCGGCCGCAGCUGAGAACGCCGGCUAGGCGGUGCGCGCGACCUCCUCGACAGAGCAAGAGAGGAGGACCCAAGGACCCAAGGCCAGAGAGGCCGUACUAUGUGAUUGCCGGGCAAGAUCAGCACGACUUCUUUGAGCAGACGCUGGAGGAGAUUGCGGUCGCGAGCCCGGGAAGUGGACAAAGAGCACCGCAGCGGGAUCAUUGGGAACUGCUGCUCAGCAAGGGGCUCGCGAAUUCCGGUGGAGCUGAAGCAGUUCCAAAGACCUGGCGAGACCUAAGGCCAGCCAAACGGGCACCCGCAAAGUGGCGGGGAUACACCGACUUCUACCUGACCGAAGCGGCCAAGAAGGAGCUCAAGAAAGUGUUUGCGGCACAAGAGAAGAUCCAGGAGCACGGCGACCAAGGCGUGUUCGAAGUGUGGACCGACACCUUCCUCGCAAAGAAGGUGGCAAGCGGGAGAAAGACAUCCAGGAGAGCGAGUGGCCGUUAUGGGAGAAGGCGGAUACUGGCUUCAGGCGCGGUCCGGCUUCUGACCCCAGAGGAGUCAGCAGAAGUACGCGCAGAGGCGCAAGGCAAAGGGGACCGCAUCAUCGACUCCCGCAUCGUGCGCCGGAGGAAACCAGGGGAACAGCUGGGCGAAGCACCCAGUUUCAAAUCUGGUGCGGGCGACCGAGACCCCGACUCGGCGGAGAUCGAGGCCUGCGCUCCUACACUAAGCACUCAGGUGCUGCUCCAGUUGGUCAGCACGCUUCGCCCACCAGGUGCUUGUGGGGACCUCAAGGUGGCCUUUACACACAGCGACCCGCUCGUGCGGGCGGCCGGCAAGCUCAACGUGCGGCAGCCACGCCGCAGCCACCUGCCGAAUGCCACCGAGGACCAGUUGAUCGAAAUAGUCCGGGGAAUCUACGGUUUGGUGGACAGGCCGGCCCACUGGCGGGCUACACUCAAAGCCUUCCUGGUGGAACAGUUGGGGUGCAGGCAGUCGCGCUUAGACGCCACUAUUUUCCUGCUGUACAAGACCGAGCAAGAGAUGAAGCAAGUGGGCCCAGAGGAAAGCCGUUUGGAAGGAGUGAUUGUCAUCGAGGUCGACGACAUGUUGACCUUCGGCGGGACCAUCCACAAUGCCAAACUUCAGGCACUACGCGAGCGCUUUCAGUCCGGCAAGUUCAAGAUGCUCCAGGACCUCGAGGAGGGCACCAUGUUCAACGGGCGUUCAGAGCCAGACGCCCCGGCUACCGAGGAGGAGCGGCAAAAGGCCCGUGGAGCCACAGGUUCGCUAGCUUGGCUGGCGAAAGAGGGUCGGCCAGACCUGGCCGGAGCAGCCAGCAUGCUGGCUGCGAGGAUGGGAGACUUAAAGGUGAAGGACCUGACCGAGAUCAACAAGGCCAUCCAGGUCGCCAAGCAGACCCGCGACCUCACCUUAAAGUUCUUCCCGAUUCCACUUUCCCACCUGGGCCGGGGCACUAUCACGGACGGCGCUUUGGCGGUGGUGGCUUUUGACAAGGCCAUCCUGAACGGUGAGCGGGCGGCCUGCUCACUGGUGUGGUGGAAGUCUUCGAAGUUGAAAAGAAAGGCUAAGGCAGACAUAGUCUUGCAAAAGAGCAAUGCCGACGAAGUUCUGAAGGAGUCGCUUUCAGUGGUGGACGCAAAGAGUUUAUACGAUAACUUGAUGAAGACGGGCGCUCAGGCCCAGGACAAGUUCACCGCCUUGGACGUGACGAUUGCCAGGGAGAAGAUAGAGGGCCUAGGAGUUCAACUGAGGUGGGUAGAGCACCAGAGUAUGCCGGUGGACUCCUUGACGAAGCUGGGGGCCAACCGAGAUACGUUGGUUCAGCUGAUAGAGAGCGGCACUUUUCGCCUGGAAGCCGAGGACGAUCUGAUGAAAGAUCGCUUGUAUAGGCGGCAGACAGGCACCGUGAAGCCGAGAUGA